AUGCGUAACCACUCUGACGACAAGUGCACCGACGAGGACUGGGCUCGCUAUGUCUCGCCCGGUGCCAAUCGCAAGGACCUCCAGGUCCAGCUCGCCCUCUCCCUGAUCCUCGGCGUCUCGGCCCUCGUCACCUUUUGCAUUCUGCGUCCGCGAUGGCCGGCCCUCUACUCGGCUCGCAAGAGGCGCCUCCAUCCCAGCAUGGACCUCCCGGCCCUCCCGAAGACCUUUUUCGGCUGGAUCCCGAAGCUGUAUAGCAUCACCGAGGAACAGGUUCUCUCCUCGGCCGGCCUCGACGCCUUUGUCUUUUUGUCCUUUUUCAAAAUGGCCAUCCGCCUCUUUUGCGUCAUGGGCUUCUUCGCCCUCGUCGUGCUCUCGCCCAUCAACUACAAAUAUCGCGGAUCCGGCUUCUUGCCCGGGCCGCCUGACGACGGCGACAACCACACUGCGUACACUUACCACCCGAAAUCAUACGCCUCUGUCCGGCUGCCCUUUACUCCCUACGACGACGACAAGGACGACGGCAAGGAUCGGAGUCGGGAGCGCUCCUAUCUCUGGGCCUAUGUCGUCUUUACUUACUUUUUUGUCGCCUUGACGCUAUAUACCAUCAACUGGGAGACGUUCCGCAUCAUCAAACUCCGCCAGGACUACCUAGGGUCCCAAUCGACUGUUACCGAUAGAACAUUCCGGCUCUCUGGAAUUCCUGUCAGUUUGCGCUCCGAGGCCAAGCUCAAGACUUUGGUGGAAAAGCUGGGUGUUGGUAGUGUUGAAACUGUGUUUCUCUGCCGCGACUGGAAAGACCUGGAUGCGCUGGUCGAGGAGCGAACCCGCCUGCUGAAUCGGCUCGAGACGGCCUGGGCGCGCUAUUUGGACUCACAGCACCCGCAUAACCGCGACGGUCUGGGCAGAUCCGAUCAUCUCCCGGUGCCCGACACGGCACGGGAGCAGGAUGAAGAGUCUGGCGAGAACUGGGGGCUGCUCCAAAGCAACCCCGACCAGCCGCAUCUCUUGCACGGCGUCCGACCCCAGGUCGUCUUGCGUUAUGGCUUCAUGGGACUUCGCCGGCAAAAAGUAGACGCCAUCGAUUACUACGAGGAAAAAUUGCGACGGAUCGACGAAAAGGUGGUUGUGGCGCGCAAGCAGGAAUACAAGACAGCCGACAUGGCCCUCGUCACCAUGGACACUGUUGCCGCUUGUCAGAUGCUCAUUCAGGCCGAGAUUGACCCUCGCCCCGGCCAGUUCUUGACCAAGGCUACUCCCUCGCCGUCGGACAUGGUGUGGAAGAAUACCUACGCACCCCGUGGUAUCCGCCGCCUCCAAGCUUGGGCCAUUACCUUGUUCAUCACCAUCCUAACCCUGGUCUGGAUCUUUCCUACUGCCUUUCUUGCCUCUUGGCUCAGCGUCUGCACCAUCCGCAAUGUGAUGCCGUCGUUUGCUGACUGGCUCGAAGACCACGAGAUCAUCAAGUCGCUCAUUCAAAAUGGUGGUCCCACGCUGGUCGUAUCCUUGCUCAAUAUCGCAGUCCCGUACGUCUACGACUUUUUGUCCAACCACCAGGGCAUGAUUUCCCAGGGCGAUGUGGAGCUGUCAGUUAUUUCCAAAAACUUCUUCUUCACUUUUUUCAACACGUUUUUCGUGUUUGCCGUUUCCAAGACGGGUCUCGAUUUUUACUCGUCGCUCCAGGGCCUGCUGAAGGACACAAGCAAGAUUCCGGCCAUUAUCGCCGCUGAUGUGGAGGGUCUGUCCCGUUUCUACAUUAGUUUCAUCAUGCUCCAAGGUAUCGGCUUGAUGCCGUUCCGCAUUCUCGAAGUGGGCAGCGUCAUACUGUAUCCCAUCUACCGAUUCCUGGCGGUGACGCCGCGCGACUAUGCGCAGCUCCAGAAGCCGCCCAACUUCCAGUACGGAUUCUACUUGCCGACGUCGCUGCUCGUCUUCAAUCUCUGUUUCAUUUAUAGCGCGAUGCGGCCCGGGCCUACGAUUCUCAUCUUUGGCAUCAUCUACUUUGCUCUCGGCUAUUUCACCUUCAAGUAUAUGCUGCUUUACGCCAUGGACCAGCCGCAACAUGCGACUGGUGGCGCGUGGCGGAUCAUUUGCAGCCGUCUCGUUAUUGGUAUCCUCGUGUUUGAAGUCGUCAUGGUUGGCCAGAUUGCGUCCCUCUCGGCGUUUGUCCAAUCCGUAUCCGUGCUCCCUCUCAUUCCCUUUACUGUGUGGUACAGCUAUUACUUUACCAGACGCUUCGAGCCUCUGACCAAGUAUAUUGCGCUGCGCAACAUUCGCGCGGUGGAGAACGACGACGAAGCCAUUCUAGACGACGAGGACCAGGGCCAGGAUCAGCCGCUGGCCAACGGAACGUCGACGGGCCGCAUUGUGCGCCGUGGUAGCACCAUGGACGAGCUCCGGGAGCAGGGGCUGAGCUUUGUCAAUCCGAGUUUGGUGAGCCCGCUGGUGCAGGCUUGGAUCUACAAGGACCCGCCGCCGGUGCCGGGUAGCGAUGGUGAGGCAUCGUCGCGGGCCGAAGGGUCGUUGCAUAACUCGAGGGGAUCGUCGCGGGAACCGAGGCUGAUUCUGCCGAAUGCGGACAGCACGCUGGGGAUUGGUGAUGAUAAUGUGUGGAGAGAGUCGAGGGAUAGGUAA